AUGUCAUCGAUUAUUUCUGACUAUGAUAUUAGACUCUAGUCAGACUAGUACAUUUUGUUUCAAGUGUUAGCGUUAUUAAUGUCAAAUAGUUGUGUGACUAAUAUUUAUAAAUAUCAAACGUCUAAAAUAUAGAAAUAUGUCUACGAAUAAGGAUAUCAGCACAUUGAAGGAUCAAGAUGAAAAGAACAAGACGAAAGUUUAUUGCACAUUUUGCCCGUCUAAAAUGCUUAAUGCUGGUGCAGCCCGGCUAGUUAAUAUUGAGUUUAAUCUACCCUAUAUACAUCGUAAGGGAGAAGGUGAAGCUGAUCAACAGGAACUGAUAACAAACUAUUGGUUGGUGGAGGAUAUGUACACAUUUGAAAAUAUUGGUGUUUCGCAUACAGUAGACAACGUAAAGUAUUUAGCAUGUGCAGAUUGUGAAAGGGGUCCAGUGGGUUGGCACGAUUUAUCCACAAAGAAAUCAUACAUUGCGCUAAGUAGAGUUAAGCACGAAUGAUUUAUAUCGAAUAAAGUUGUUUUUUAAUUUUAUAUAAAAGGUGUGGCCAGAUCUUUUAUCCCAAAACUAUACGUUACACCAUGAAAUAGAAAGAAGGAGGAUCUUAAAAGUUUGGAGGAAGUCAGUUUUUAAAAAGAACCACGUUACUAUUUAAGUUGAUAAUUUAAUACUUAAUCACGUACGUUACAAACACAGCCGAUAAAUCAGAUAAUCAAUCGUCGUUACGAUAUAAUAAUUAAUAAAUUACGCUUACGAUUAGAAACGAUUUAUUAAUGCACUUAUUAAGUGUGCAUUCGCGAUUUUAUCAUAAUAACGUAUUGAUGUUUUAUAUCAUUGCAACCGUUUGGUCGCGAUAAUGAUUAUUCAUUGUGCAUAUUGGCAUAAUUAUUUUAUGUAAUGCGUUGGUAAUGCGUGAGUAAAGUCUACGUGUACGCAUUUGUUAUUGUAUAUGCAUGUAAAUCAUUAUUUCCCUUAAAAAAUAAUCACGAUAACUUGAA